AUGUCCGACCCCAUCCCCUCCGCCACAACAUCAUCCGACCCCCCACCCCCCUCCUCCUCCGCCGCCGCCGAAGACCGCAAAGCCGCGGCCGCCCUAUCCUCUCUCAACACCACAGAAAUAGCCUCUACUACGCCCCCGGGCUCAAAGCUGCCUUCGUCUGCGGACCAGGAGGCGCUGGGCAAGGCGAUGGGUCGGCUUGAGAUGGCGGCUGGUGGUGGGAAGGGGAAGGGUGCCACGACAGCGGCGAAGGGUGGCGGUGCGAGUGUGGGUAAGGCGGCUGAGGGGAAGAAGAAGGCUGUUGCGGCGGUUAAGGUUUCUGCGGAGGAUGUGGGGUUGUUGGUGAGCGAGUUGGACCUGAGUAAGAUCAAAGCGACGGAGCUGUUGAAGGCGAAUGAGGGGGAUGCGAAGAAGGCGCUUCGGGCGUUUAUCAGGCCGGCAAGUGCGGCUUCUGUGGCGUCCGCUUGA